AUGAGUACGUCUGAACCAGUGACAACUCUACGACAGAUUUUAUGCAUCGGAACACCAGUGAUGGUUGGAUUUAAUAUGGGGGACGAUAUUCACUUCUAUUCUGUAGAAGGUUCUAGAACAUCACAAAUUAUCAAUUUACCUAAUCUAUCAAACGUCGGAUAUCCAGGAAAGUUCGUGUUUAGAGUAGAUUUGAGAAACAUAAGACCUGCACCAACACCAGGAGAUCCUGGUCAAUGUUUUCUAAAGGCAGCCGAUAUUGUGUUCGUUUUAGUCAUGUCUCGCAGUAUAAACAUACAUUCUUUGCAAAACUUAUUGUUAGCUUUGAUAUCAAAGCUGCCAAUUAAUGAUAUGGAAUGUCAAAUUGCAAUACAAUCUUUUUCGACAUCGGCAAAAAUAGAAUUGCGAUUUACAGACCAGAAAUCGAAAACGGAAGUCCUCGCACAUAUUGCCAAUAUGAAUACAGAUACUGGUAUUUCAAAUUUGAAGAAUGCAUUAAGUUCCACCACGUAGGUUUGUAUAACUAUAGAUUUACAUACCACUGUCUCGUGUGUAGUACGAUAAUUAUCUACUACAGACAUUUAAAUUACCUAAUUUAUACCUGGAGGCUCGCAAAACGAUUUUGAUAUUUAAAAUUUUACUAUGGUUGAGAAAUAUCGUUUUGCACAAUAUUUGGAGAUGGAAUAUGUUUCUCUAUUGACAUUUAGACAUUAU